AUGCCUUUAUUCUGCAAAUCCGAGGAAAAGAAGCGCCGAAAGGCCGAAAAGCGCGCAGAAAAGAUUGCAAGGGAAUGGCAGUCUGACCGACAUGCCGCGGAGGUAUUGGCAUGGCUUGAUCAACAGAUCGAAGACGGAGUUCCCAUGCACAAACUUGACAUGCGGCUGCCGCCUCCUCCCUACAAGAAUCCUCCCAAGUAUCCAAGAUAG